UCCUGAUAUUUCUCCGGAAAUAAUCUUCCACUGCACUGGGCCCCGCAACGUCCCCCUCGCUGUCUUCCUCCCCAAAACCGCGAGUGGUUUGGUGCCGCAGCGAUCGCAGGUUCGAAACUCUACAACAAUCCCCUUCUCGACGCCUCUAGAAGGCUAUAAGCUAAACCCGUAUAGCCUCCAGAGCUCGAACGGAACCCAAACCCUAACCCUAGCCCCCAAUGGCGGCCGGCGGCGGGGCACCGUGGGCGGAGCGGGCGCGGGUGGUGGGGGCGCAGAUCCGCAACAGGUUCCGCGUGGCGCCCGUGGACCGCCGGUGGCUGUGGCGGCGUGCGGACGGUCGCGUCGCCACAGAGGCGGUCAGGCGGUGGUCGGAUCGUGCUCGGGCCCUGCUGCAGAGAGACCGGAGCGCGGAGCAGGGCUCUCCAUCGCCGGAGACGUCGCCCGAGGCUGCGGCAAAGCCGUCGUCCAGUGCUUUGAGAUUCUACAGAAAGAAAGUGGGCAAAGAAGUUGAUGGGAUUGAAGACUCCGUCAUUUUCCGUUCGCUUCAAGCAUUGGCUGUUCCUCUUAUUGGCAACGCUUGCUAUGUUUUUAUGCAUGGCCUUAACUCCGUCCAGAUUUAUGGAGCAGAGAAACUUCAUCAGGUGUUACAAGGGAGAGAUAAAGGCAAGCCUCUUCUAACGGUCAGCAAUCAUGUGGCAGCUAUGGAUGACCCCUUCGUGAUUGCCUCGCUUCUACCACCAUCUGUUAUGCUGCAAGCACAAAAGCUGAGAUGGACACUAUGUGCAACUGAUCGUUGCUUUACAAACCCAGUUUUCUCUACAUUCUUUAGGUCUGUUAAGGUGUUACCUGUUUCUCGUGGUGAUGGCAUCUACCAAAAGGGAAUGGAUAUGGCACUUUCAAAGCUGAACAGUGGUGGAUGGGUUCAUAUAUUUCCAGAAGGAAGUCGCUCAAAGGACGGAGGGAAAACCAUUGCUCCCGCCAAAAGAGGUGUUGGAAGAUUGGUAAUGGAUGCCGACAGCCUUCCAAUUGUGAUACCCUUUGUCCAUACUGGAAUGCAGGAUAUAAUGCCUGUUGGAAAACGCAUCCCAAGAGCAGGGAAAAGGGUGAUUGUGGUUGUGGGUGACCCAAUCAACUUUGACGACCUGAUCAUUGACAGCAGUGAUGACACCCAACAUAUCUCUAGAGGGAUCUUGUAUGACAAAGCAACAGAAAGAAUUGGGCAGCGACUGCAGGAACUGAAGUCUGAAGUUGACAGAUUGGCAGCGGAGCAGCAACCGGAACUCCAGAAUCAUUACAUGCACAGUAUGAGCGAUGAUGCAUACCGGUUGUGGCAGCAGGUUGACUGGGAAGCAUUUGGCAUAGGGAGUUCCAUGUUGUCAUCAGAACCUUCAACCAUACCAGAGCCAUCAAAGGAAGCCAAGCCUGAAAAGCACCUGGAAGUGGAGCAAAGCCUACCUCCAUCCCCAAGCGCAGAUAUCUCUUAUGAUGCUGUUCCACACUGGUUCCGCCAUCACAUGGAUCCUUCUGAGCUCAUGGGGUUUGCUGCCCGUGGCCUGAUCAAGAACCGCAGAUUCUUGGACCAAGGUUACAGAGAAUUCCAAGAACCGACUACACUGAACACCUGGUGGGGAUCUCAGGCUAGCAAUGCUGUACCCAGAUGGUGCACCGCCUGACUGAGACCACGCCCUCCCUUUGCCCCUUUGUACAUAUGUUUCCUGAUGAUGUCGCUGACAAUUUUGACAGAUUCUGAUUUCUCUCCUUCAUGGAGUUCUGAAAAUUGGAACAGGGUGAGUGACUCGACACUAUAUGUUGCAAUACAGAGACUGUAAGUGCCAUUUACGUUUGGGCACUGAACAUUUCGUUUGAGGCCAAUGUCAUCUUCGAUGUAUAAAAUGGUAACAGUCCCAGGGGACUAGAUGGUAUUACAAGUUUAUGAGCCUCUUUGAGUGUUAGGCAUUCGUCGUU